AUGGCUUCUCGACUCCCGAUCGCGCGGGCAGCACGCCAAUUCGCCUCUUCGGCCGCUCGUCGUCCCUCUGCGCCUGUGGAAUUCUCUUGCAGAAGAUGGCAGGCAGCUCCAGCGCUGCAGAGUCGGCUAUUCUCGGUGUCCGCUGCAGUCCGUGAGAAGCAGUACACGGAAGACCACGAAUGGAUCGAGAAGUCCGCUGACGGAAAGACCUACACCCUUGGAAUCUCCGAAUACGCCGCCCACGCCCUCGGUGACGUCGUCUACAUUGAGCUCCCCCAAAUCGACCUAGAAGUCAGCGAGAGCGACGCAAUCGGCGCCGUCGAAUCCGUCAAAUCAGCUUCAGACAUCAACACGCCCGUCAGCGGCACUGUGACCGAAGUGAACAAAGUGCUAGAGGAGAAGCCGGCUCAGAUCAACAAGGACCCGGAAGGCGAGGGUUGGAUCGCGAAGAUUGCGGUGACGGAGGAGCCGACGGGCAAGCUGAUGACGGAAGAGGAGUAUAAGGCGUUUACUGAAGAUUAGGAGAAGAUUGGGGAAUCUUGGGGAUAAUAUCUGAGGUGUACAUGAUUUGGGAGGCCGGAUUUUGCUCUUUCAACAAUCGAGCGAUUGAAUUUUGGGUUGGUUUUCACAGAUUCAUCUAUGUUCACUACGAUCUCAAGGUACAUGCACAUUUGGUUGCCACUGAUUCUUAACGUAUUUGCUUUAGUGCUGUAUUUCUAUCGUUCGAAAAGCCUUGUACUACUGACUUCGACAGGCGCCGAUUUGACAUCCGGCAUAAGCAUUGGGUUCGCUUAUUCACGGG